AUGGGGCCAGGUGUUCGAAAGACUUUAAAAACGCCCGAAAAUCCACAACUUGAAGAUGCAUUGUUUACGUGGUUUAUAGAACAACGACGAAAGAACGUUCCCUUUUCAGGUGAUAUUUUGAUGGAGAAGGCGAAAUACUUUCAUGAAAGGCUUGGGCGAGCAGAUUUUUCUGCCAGUAAAGGUUGGUUGGAAAAAUUCAAAAAAAGACACGGAAUACGACAACUCAAAAUAACCGGCGAGAAGUUGUGUAAUAACGAAGACGCCGUAAAAAAAUUCCAGGAUAAAUUCAUGGACAUAAUCAUGGAGAAAGAUUUGUCCGCAGAGCAAAUCUAUAAUGCAGAUGAGUCUGGUUUGUAUUGGAUAACAAUACCAGACAAAACACUGGCAUCUAACUUAGAAGUUAGAGCCCCAGGUUCUAAAGUUUCCAAAGAAAGAAUAACAUUCAUGCCCCGUGCGAAUGCUGCUGGGACCCACAAACUGCCUUUUUUGGUCAUUGGCAAAGCACAAAAGCAACGUGUUUUUGCAUCUGUACGAAAGCUACCAGUACACUACAUAGGGCAAAAGAAUGCAUGGGUGACGAGACCUAUAUUUCUAGAGUGGUUUAAAGGAUACUUUAUCCCUGAAGUAAAAAAUUCUUAUCUAAGAAGAAUCUACCACUGA